AUGGCUAUGACAAAUUGCUUUCAAGUAACCAGCAGUUCCUGCAAGGUUGGAAUCUCUGCUCACUGCACCACUGCCCAUUCAUUUGCUUCACCGGACAAGCUCAACUUCCCGCCGUCAUCUUCCUACACCAGAAGAGAUUUCAACAACCCAUCAGUCACCCUUUUACCAUCUUCCAAAGCAAGGAGAUCCCACUUCGUUUGCAAAGCUCAAGAAGCUCUUGACCAAGUUCAACCAGUGACAGAGCAGACAUGGGAGAAGCUGGUGAUAGGAUGUGAGAACCCAGUGCUGGUGGAGUUCUGGGCGCCGUGGUGCGGACCGUGCCGGAUGAUAGCUCCGGUGAUCGACGAGCUGGCGAAGGAGUACGCCGGGAAGCUGUCCUGCUACAAGGUGAACACCGACGAGUGCCCCAACAUUGCUAGCCAGUGUGGGAUCAGGAGCAUCCCAACUGUGCUCUUCUACAACAAGGGUGAGAGGAAAGAGAGCAUCAUUGGUGCUGUCCCUAAGUCCACUUUGUGUAGUACUCUAGAGAAGUACAUUGAUGGUUGA